AUGAGCUUCGGUUUUGGAGUCGGCGAUUUUAUCGCCGUGCUGGAUAAGGCGAAGUUGUAUCGCGAGCGCUUCGCCGAUGCCCCGGAUCACUUUGAUUCUCUCGGUCGCGAGAUUGCUUCCCUUACGUCGAUACUCGAGUACAUUGGCCGUAUCGAAGACCAACUCACUAAGAACGAAAAAGAGGCCCUGGCCGCACCCAUCAAAGAAUCCACAAAGCUUCUGGGCGAGCUGGAGAUUAUUUACAACGACAACACGAGCUUAGAAAAGCAUGAGGGCACGAGCACGCUGUCCAAGCUGAAACCUCGGGCUGUCUGGAGACGCCUGCGGAUGAAGCCCGAAGACGUUCAGAAGCUACGACAACGGAUCACCAUGAAUGUCCAUUUCCUCAGUGCAAUCAAAGGUUUUAGAGACAGCGAGGCCAUACAUACUACGAAACAAGUCGUUACGUCGAUACACGAUGAACAGACAAGUCGCCAAGAAAGAGAGAUAUUGGACUGGUUGACAGCCACCGACUAUGCGCCGCAGCAGCGAGACCACCUUUCUAGGCGAUAUAGAGGCACCAACCAGUGGCUCCUGGAUUCCGACGAAUACAAGUCAUGGGUUUCACGCCAGAACCAGACCAUAAUUUGUCCCGGAAUGCCGGGAGCAGGGAAGACCAUCAUGGCUUCUGUUGUGGUGGAUGACUUAUUUCAUCGGUACCAGGACAGCUCUGACGUGGGCAUAGCCUACAUUUACUGCAAUUUCAAAGAUCAAGAGAGACAAAACCACUACGACAUGCUAUCCAGCAUCGCGAAGCAACUUGCACAAUGUCGCUCUCCAAUUCCAAGCAGCCUCAAAGAACUCUACAAUAUGCAUCAAAGAAAGAAGACUUCCAGGACUCUAGAGGAAACUACUGGCGUGCUUCAGGCCGUUGCUUCGUCCUAUCACCGCGUCUUCAUAGUCAUUGACGCUUUGGACGAGUGUGAAUCCAAGAGUCGACAAGCACUCAUGACGGAAGUCGCUCGGCUACAAAAGCGACACCCGACAAAUGUGCUGGCAACAGCUAGAGAGAUCCCCGAGAUCAUUGAAUCGUUUAACUUAGAGUGCGCAAGCACCUUACGGAUUCAAGCCAGCGACGUUGAUGUAUCACGGUACAUCUCGAGUCGCAUACCGGACAUGCAAAGUUUUGUGCAGAGGCGCCCCGAGAUUCAAGAAGAAAUACGGGAGGGCGUUUUAUGCAGAAUCAACGGAAUGUUUCUUCUCGCCAAGUUGCUCAUUGACUCGUUGUCCUGUAAGAUAUCCCUCCAAGCCGUACGAAAAGCUCUGGCUGCUGCAUCUGCCGAGGACGACACAUACGCAUAUUUCUACGAUGAGGCCCUGGAAAGAAUCCGCGUGCAACCACCUACGCAUGUGCAGCUUGCAAACCAGGUCCUCUCUUGGAUCGCAUUCGCCAAGCGCCCGUUGGAAAUGCAUGAACUCCAGCAUGCUCUAGCUGUGGAGGAAGACGAGCCGGAUAUAGAGGAAGACAAUAUCCCCUCCGCUGAUAUUAUCAUUUCCGCAUGUGCAGGUUUAGUGACUCUUGACGAACAAGGCGGGGUCGUUCGAUUGGUCCAUCAAACAACCCAGGAGCUUUUUAACAAAAGGAACGAGAAUCUGUUUCCUGACGCCGAUGCCGAAAUCGCAAAUACAUGCGUUCGUUAUCUUGUCAUUGGCCAGGUUCAGCGAAUAAUCAGAAGCCGUACCCGGGAUAUUCCAUUCUGGCGAAAACCGUAUUACUUCGAAUCCUCGGCUCUCAAAGAUCUCAGAAAAUCCGAUUUUCCUUUCUGUGAAUACGCCGUUCUAUACUGGGGGCAUCACGCAGGCAAACGUGACAAGCUCCCGGCCAAUAUCGGCGAAUUACUCAAGAAUCGAGAACUGCUUGAGGGCAUAGCUAUUAUCUUGAGUGAGCACGUUGGUGAGGAUGUACCAUCUGCGGGAGCGCAUCUGGCAGCAUGGUUCGGCUUGCGGCAGGUGUUCAACCAACGGUUAUUACCCGAAGACGAUGUGGCUUUCGUCGAUCGUAUGGGACGUUCGAUUUUAUCUUGGGCAGCUCGUCAAGGGCACUACGAGUUGAUCGAAAGCAUCCUGGAUAACGACAUAUUGCGACUUGAAAGGUGCCAAUACAAACCAAAACUAGAAUCAUUUCAGUUGGCGCUUUUCAAUGCUGUAAAACACAAGCAUUCGCAAGUGGCUCGCAGACUCAUCCGGUUUUCCGAUGAAAAUCUGAACUUCGAGAUCGCGAAUGACCCGUCUCUUCUGGAUAUGUGUAUUGAACAGCGAGACAUAACCAUGAGCCGCCUUCUUCUCGAGCGCCCACGACUUCGGCCACCGAGUAUGCAGGAUUUAACGCCCGAUCAUGGCAUCAAAGUUGAAAAUAUGCAUGAGUCUCACAACAGGUCCUUGCUAUUAGCGGCUGCCAGAGGUUUCGAUGAGGUGGUCAACAUUCUCUUGGAUCACGGCGCAAAUGUUGAACAAUGUGACAGAGCCGGACGAAGCCCACUAUUGCGAGCUUUUCAAUCAGGUCACCCUUACACAAUAAAGAUGCUCCUGCAGAACGGCGCCAAAUUCUUGGGGCAAUCUGGAAAAUCAUCGGCGUUAUGGCCUACGGAACACCAAGAGUUGAUCGUUGAGUCGCUGAUUCACGGUGGCGCAAACAUUGACUCCGAAAACGAGAUCGGUAUGACCCUGUUAGCUUCUGCAGCAAAGGACGGUCAGAACUCGAUGCUAGUCGUGUUGCUGAAUCAUAAAGCCAACAUCGAGGCUACAGAUCACCUAGGGCGCACGCCACUUUGGCACGCACUGGAGAACGAGCAAGAGUCGAUAUUGGGGGUGCUUUUGAAAAGAGGGGCCAGAACUGAAACUAUGAAUCGGAAUGGAGAUACGCCUUUGCUCUAUGCCACCAAGCGAGGUAUGAUAUCCAUACUAGAAAUGCUCCUAAGUUUUGGUGCCCAAACCGAAGCCCAAGAUUCUCGAGGUCGAACCCCUCUUCUGUGCGCUAUUGGCUUCAACGAAGGGCCAGCUUGGGAUAUUCCCAUCCGACUCAAUGCUACGAUUGAAAUACCGGGUUCUGUUGACAAUGCCUUGAAUGAGGAUAUUGUAGCGGCAAGAUCAAUAUCUUGUGUCAUGACUUUGGCAAAACAUGGGGCCAAUAUCAACUGCAGAGAUAACAAUAACAUGACGCCCAUCAUGUCAGCCGCUGAAUCAGGGGACAGGCGGAUGUUAGAGAAGCUCACGGAACUCGGUGCUGAUUUGGCAGGCUAUGACAAGUUCGGUCGAACAGCGCUUUUAAUCGCCGCAGGAGCCGGCCGCGACUCAGUCUUGAGUACAGACGAUUUGAAGAGGAAGCUUGAAUGGGAAAAAUGGAGAGACCGUAAGAAGUACCUUACAUCAAUUGCUUGGGUGCGUAGAGCAAUACUACGCAACACUAUAAUAUGUCAGCAGCUCAUGAGUGUCCGGGAUCACCACGAACGCACUCCCUUGUGGUGGGCCAUUACCUCAGGCAAGACAGGAUUGUUGAAAGAUUUGUCAAAGAUGGUGGACGAAGUUGAAGUAUUUGACAAGCGAGGCAGACCUCCCUUGAUGGACGGCUCGGCUGACGGAGCUAAUGCCAGAGUUGUUGUUCAGCUACUUUUGGAGCAUGUGUCCCAGUUUGGCUCUGACGGCGAAAGAUUUAUGCCCCAUAAAGGCAUUACUGACAGAGCCAUCAGCUAUGUCCGAUUUUUCCUUGAUUUCAAUGGCAUCGACACCAACACAGCUUUCAAUGGGGAGUUGAGGGACUUGUGGCUUUGUAUUAAGCCUGGAGAUUUCAUACCACCGCGUACAUCAUAUGAGCUCUCCUCUGACUUUUCUGAUGAUUUCUCAUUUAAUGUUCUUUUUGGUCGCACCCUGGAUAGACUUGAAGGGCUUCGCAUGGUUGAUCAGGCUAGUGUGCUUCGUCAGGUUAAACAAUUGAGCGAGGCUGUUUUAGGUUGGGAGGAAUUGGACCGAACCCAGCAAGACAGAUGUUAA